AUGACCACGAUGGAUGAUCACUAUUCCCCGGCCUACUACUACUACGUUGAUCCGGCCUCACUAUACCAGCCACAGCAGCCCAACCCCUUGGACGAUCUGAUAUCCGUGUACGGACUUCAGAACAUAUCCCAGCAGGUGGCGCGCACGAACCCAGACGGAACAAAGGCUGUUAAGUUGCGGAAAUCGUACAAGAACCAGAUAAACGACCUUUCGGGCAAAUUCUCCGUGAUUCCAACGCGAGAAAACGGGAAAGGAGGUGACAUCGCGCCUAUUCUGUUCCAAAACAACCCUGACAUGGUACCCCAAGUGCACAAAACCGCAGAUAUGACCCCAGAGCAAUGGCACCAACUCAUGUGCGACCGAGAUGCAGGUCUAUUUCAACCGCAAAACAUGGACUGGGACGUUUGCCAGGCGGUACUCUCUCAAUUUGAAAGAAGCCAUCCUGCGGAAUUUCAGGCUAACGGAUUUCAAGCGGACGACCUUGCCUUCGACCUGGAUGGUAGUGGCAACACGCUGAAACCGAGAAAACGCAAAAACAAAUCCAGCGGCAGUUCUAUGGCGACUCCGAAUAGUGAUUUACAGGAGGAUAUGAAGAGAAGAAGGUUGGAGUGA